AUGCACUCGCGUCGACCCGAGACUUUAAAGAUUGACAUCUCAAAGUAUAGGGGGGUCGAAGAGGACUCCCUCUUGAGAUGGUUCGUCGAAUUGGAUGACGCCAUAAGGGCGCGUCGCAUCGACGACGGGGAUAUGCAAGUUGCAUUUGCCCAGUCAAAUCUGGCAGGACGUGCCAAGACUUGGGCACUGGGGCUCAAGUUGCACGACCCAUAUGCGUUUGGGUCGUUGGAAGUCUUCAAGUCGCGGCUCAGACAAACGUUUGAACCGCCUAGAGCUGAGUUCAGGGCUCGAACCGAACUCUUGAAGCUCAAACAUGGUAAGCGUGAUGUGCACGCUUACGCCCAACAUAUACGACAUCUUACGAGUUGUAUAAGUUCCAAUCCGGUGGAUGAACACACGUUGGUUUCGGUGUUCAUGCAGGGUCUUGCGGAUGGUCCCGUCAAGACUCACCUGCUCCGACUUGAACUAGAUUCACUAGAACAAGCCAUUUCCAUUGCGGAGCAGGAAGACUUCAGUCUGAGACAUGCUCGCGCCAGCUCGACAUCAUAUCGUCAACCGAGACGAUAUGACAACGGAGGUCCAGAGCCGAUGGAACUCUGCUAUGUAGAGAGCGAGAAGGCUCGCUCUACAGGCUACAAGAAGUUGCAUAAAUGCAACAGAUGUCAAAAGACAGGACACUACGCUUACGAGUGUAGUGCCCCUCGUCCAGUGUCUCGCAACACUGGGCGUAGUGACCGUCCACCCAUGAGAAAGGGGCAGGGACGAGGGUCCGCAGUUGGUGCAAAGACGCAACAACGGGAUGGACCGUCAAAAAACGGACAGGAUCAGUAG